UUGACUUUUAUGUGAAGAGAAACUCAUUCGCUAUUAGUUUGAUUCAAUUUUAGACUUUAGUACUUCCUCCAGAUGUGUAUUUUAUACUUUUAUCGGUACAGAGAAAACACAAGUGGCACAGUAUUCCUGCUGCACCGGUGAGCGGCAGGCUGGGUUGAGUCUCCACGGUUCUCAUGGUGUGUUUAAGUUCCUCUCUUUGCUGGAAUACUUCAUCAGUCACAUCAGACUAGUCGAGAGGAUCAACUUGAUACAGCAUCAUGACGGAAACCGUUCCAGCCACCCCGGUGAAAACACCGAGGAAGAAAGUCGCCAAGCCAACCAAGUCCGGUCCUGGCGCCGCUGAGCUCAUCACGAAUGCGUUGAUCGGCUGUAAGGAACGCAAAGGUGUUUCUGGCGUGGUUCUAAAGAGGAUCCUGGCCGCUGAAGGCAUCGAGGGAAAAACCUUUAAGCGCGUUAUUGUGAAAAUGAUGGAGAAGAAGCUCGUCCUGCAGACAAAGGGAACCGGGGCGUCCGGGUCCUUCAAGCUUUACAGCGUAAAGCCGGUUACCAAGAAGCACGCCGCCAGAAAGCCGGCAGCGAAGAAGCCCGCCGUCAAGAAGCCGGCAACACCCAAGAAGGUGAAGAAGAGCCCGAAGAAGGCAGCGACGAAGGCAGCUCCAGCUAAGAAAAAGCUAGAUACCCCGAAGAAGGUUGUCAAAGCCAAUGCUGUCAAAGGUAAGGCUGUCAAAGGUAAGGCUGUCAAAGCUAAGGCUGUCAAAGCUAAGGCUGCCAAGCAAGCCAAGAAGCCCGUCGCCAGGAAGCCGGCAGCGAAGAAGACCGCAGCCAAGAAAACAGCGAAGAAGUAAACGUACUAAAGUUUGCUAAACAACCAAACGGCUCUUUUAAGAGCCACCUAAAUCUGCAAAAAGAGCACUUUUCCUGAUGUUUUAUAAUAAGUGUGGGCCCAAUUUAAUAAGUUAUUUAUUGUCAUAUGCAAUAAUUACAAUCAUUGGCAAUGAUACUCUUGGAUCUCAGGCUCUUUUAAAGUACAACAUCAACAUGCGUUGCAAGUACAAGUGAGACUAUAUUACAUAAAAGUGCAGAAUAUAGAACUACUCUAUGAAAUAUUAAAUAUUUUGUGCUAAAAAUAGCUGUACGGUAAUUGCAAAGUGAAUGAACUGUAAUGGCAACAGGAAUUUAGUAAAUGUAUAUGCACAGUGAGAAGGUAAACUGGUAGUAAAAGUUUAUAAAAUGAGGGUUGUGAUGUGUAAAAUAUAAAAUAGUUUCAGUUGAAUAGGAUAUAAUCAAUCAACAUGGUUUUCCUCAAAAUAACUGCUUAUAAAUAUAGACUAUUCCGAUAUGAACUACCUGCCCGGUGGAAGAAAAAGGCCACAAAGACAGAGUAAAGAUUCAGUAUGAAAAGAAUAUACUUAAUAAAAACAAAUAAACUGUACAACGUGUAGUGCCACCAUGUAUGGAGGACCACAAGAGUCACGGAAAUAGUAAUAGAGCA